AUGGGUUUCGCCGAUCUUCUUACCGAUGCUGGACUUGCCACGCUCAACAGCUGGGUGACCACCCGAUCUUACAUCGUUGGUCACUCUCCUUCCCAGGCUGAUGUCGCCGUCUACAAGGCUCUUUCGUCUGCUCCUGACGCGGAGAAGUACCCCCACGCCGCCCGCUGGUACAGCCACGUUGCUACCUUCGAGAGCGAGUUCGCCACCCUCUCCGGCGAUGCCUCCAAGCCUUACACCGUCUACGGCCCCGAGGUCGCCGAGGUGACCAUCAACCCCGCCAAGGCCGAGGAGAAGGCUGAGGACGACGACGAUGUCGACCUGUUCGGCAGCGACGACGAAGAGGAGGAUGCCGAGGCUGCUCGCGUCCGUGAGGAGCGCCUCAAGGCCUACCACGAGAAGAAGGCCGCCAAGCCCAAGACCAUUGCCAAGUCUGUCGUCACUCUUGACGUCAAGCCCUGGGAUGAUGAGACCGACAUGGCUGCCCUUGAGGCCGCUGUUCGUGCUAUUGAGCAGGACGGUCUGGUUUGGGGUGCCUCCAAGCUUGUCCCCGUUGGUUUCGGUGUCAGAAAGCUCCAGAUCAACCUGGUCAUCGAAGAUGACAAGGUCAUGGUGUCUGAACUCGAGGAGACGAUCCAGGAGAUCGAGGAAUUCGUUCAGUCUACCGAUGUCGCAGCCAUGCAGAAGCUGUAA